AUGACCAGCCUGAGGGUGGAGUUGAGUGGAGUUGGUUGGAACAUGGACAGGGGACCUUGGAGAGGUGUGGAGAUGUGUCAGGAGGGUCAGAGGAGCAUGGGAAUGCAUCAGAAGAGAGCAGAGAAGCACAGGAACAUGUCAGAAGAGGGCAGAUGCAUAUAUGACUACCUGAAGGAGCAUGUGCCAUACUUCAUAGAUCUCAUUAAGAAGAAGAGUGGCGAAACUGCACUUCUCAUGUGGGAGCCUAUGAUUGCAGCUUAUGCAGCUCCCCAUCCAGACAAGAAACUUGUCAAUGCACCUGUCAAUGUGAAGAGUUCAAAAGACAGGCUUGGAUUCGACCACGCAGAGCUCACUUGGCUCCUCUGUGAGGAGCCUGCAGGCUUUGCUAGUAGAUGCAACUGUGUGAACAAUAUCACUGAUUGGAUGCCACAACUCAAAUGCAAGCACAGCAUGAUGUUUUCCACUGGUGAACAGAGUAGUCCAUUAACAGACUGUGAUUCACAGCAGGGUAGGAAGGCCACCACAAGUAGGCCUUCUAAGAUGACAAAGGAGGGACAUGGCAAACACUCCAAUAAGAGUAAGGAUAAGAGUAAGGUGCCAACCAAGGAAACAAUAACAAAGAGAUCAAGCUUGUGGGCUUCCAAGAAAAAGUAA